AUGUUCCAGGCGUUUCCACUGCAGCACAAGAGGAUGACGCGGCUCUCGCUGCCUUUCAUCAACGUUGGUGUAUGCGAGGUUAUGAACUGCGCCACCAGGGACCACAUGAGCUCCUUCACUGUUCACAACACACGCAACCGUGGGGCCCAUUUGGCUGCGACUGGCAACAGCAGCAGCAGCAGCCACUUUGAAGCAGCCGCCCCACCAUUGACGUUGUCUGUGCCGUUUAUGUCCGAGGUGGUGGCAGGUGGUUUGUGUGACAGCUUUACCGGGAACUAUUGCUCCCGCUACAUUGGGAAGUAUCUUGCCCGUGCACUUAGUAUUCAUUCUGUGUUGCCUGAAGGCAUUGCCCAGCUCCGUCGGGAGCUAAAAGAUGAUCCUAUUAUCGAUUUACUGAUGGCUGCACACUCUCGGGAGCGGCUGCUACACAGCAGAAAGUCACACGCCGAUAAAAAAACGCCACAGGGGGUUAGUCGUGUGUUCUCUGAGUGGGAAAUGCAACAAUACGCCAUGUUUGCUGAUAACGCAUUUAUGAAUGCUUGUCGAGCAAAUGAGAUGGUUGGAGGGUUAAAUGACAAACUUGUGUUGCGGAAUAGCGAGGCAGCCAAUAGUGGAUGUCGCGCAGUGUGGUUCACAGCCACCGUAGCACCCGUUGCGCUCCAAGAAAGGCGGCAGGAGCGCAGGCGUGAAGUGGAUCAAGGAGGGACCGCGCCACCCCCUAUACGAUGGGAAGCCAAGGCAAAAGGGUGUGAAUACUCCGUGAAGGAGUGUAAGGGCACUGCGCCGACCUCACCCUUCUGUCUUGACGUGUUGGUGAGCAACGUUGGCGAUUCACGUGCAUUUGGUAUAGCUAGGAACACGUUGACGUCAGAAACUCGCAGUAUUCUUGACGCCACCAGAGAGCACGUGGUUCCUCUGAGCUCGGAUCACAAGCCACUUCGAACGCUGGAACUCCGUCGUAUUCUUACCGCUGGUGGAGUUGUGCGAUCUGACGUUGGUGAUAUCAUUGACGGAAAUCCCUUUUAUAAUGUUUCCAGAAGCUUUGGGCAUUGGUCAAUGAAAUGUGAUUCACAGAGACCGCCGAGCGAGCAGAAGAUGAUUGCACUGCCAGCAUGCUGCUCGUGGGAAAUGAUUCCAGGGGAUGUAUUGGUCCUUUCUAACCAUGCGAUUUUUGAAACGCGUUGUCAAGAGGAAUCGUCAAUGGAUGAGAUUGCUAAAGUUGUGGUACGUGAAAUUGAUCGUGGUGCCUCCCCGGAAGAAGCUGCAGCUGCAUUGUGCAACUACGCCAUCCGCUUUGGUGCCGAACACUCAUUGCAAGUGAUGGUUGCUAUCGCUACGUCAGCCGACUCCGCUCAGGCACCGUGCGAAGCGAAGAAGCAGGAAUGGAUUGUGCCGGGGCCCAUUUACGCAGAGCCCUGCCGCCGAUCACCAGAGUAUCGGAAUGCGUUGCAGGCCGACUGUGAGCGUUGUGCGUUGUCUUUGGCGGAACUUUUGGGGUUACGUUGGCGUCAGGUGAGAAAUCUCAUUCCAUCCCGUCAUUUCCUCCCAUUGAUGACGUAUUACGGGAAAGAGUGCUCCGUCCUGCAGCAAAUAAUGGACGAAGAGGCUCUGUUGUUCAGUCAUGAGUCACUUCCCCCUUGUGGUUGCAGUGACGAUGUUCUGAUGGAAUACGACGAGGCACAUAUGAUGAGCGCGUUCGAAAGAAUAGCCAAGUCACUCAUAUCUCCAUGCACCCUGUCAACAGCGGAGAGUGGAGGUUGA